UCAAGCGCUCAAAACCAGUAACCCUUUCAUUAUUCUCUCCUUACCAGAAACUUCGGAAAGAAGAUUUUCAUCUCUGAUUAUACUCAACAAUGGCGUCUAAGAAAUCGUUAGCCCAGCGCCUCUAUAACAUCUACAAAUUCUCUUCCAAAAGCGUUACGAGUUGCCGGAUAGCUUCAUCCGCGGCUCAAAAUCGGAUUCCUCGUAGCCCUAAUCGCUCUAAUCUCGCUCCGGAUCCCGGAGACAAUGCGAUCUUCAGCCGCUUUAUUCACAGGAGGGCUAUACAGGAGGAGAUGUCGCUGGAGCUCAGGUCAGUCCCAAUGGGAGGAAACCUGAUUGAGAAACUCAGGGAAAUUGGAAUCGGCCGGGAUCGGAUUCGUUUGGACGGACUUACACCGCCUCCGGCGACGGAAACUUCGCCGUCGGAGAGGCCGGGGCUUACGAUUGAGGAUACCAAGAAAUUACUCAGGGUUACGCAGCUAGAGGCUGUAAAAUCGAGGCUGAGGGAAAUUCCUCAGAGCAGUAUCUCUUACUCGGAAUUUGUACGGAUCUGCGAGGAGACUUGUACGGAUUCAGACCUGGGACGAAAAUUUGCGAAAAUGCUGGAUGAGAGUGGAAACGUCGUCGUUUUCGGGAACGUUGUGCUUCUCAGGCCUGAACAGGUUGCCAAAGUGAUUCAAGAACUAAUUCCAGUACCAGAACCAAGCUCCAACGACCCAAGAAGAAAAGAGCUUGAAGAGUUGGAGAAUCAGAAGAGUGAGAUUGACGAGAGGGCCGAGUCCCUGGUCCGAAAGGAGCUGUGGUGCGGUCUGGCCUACCUAAUGGUUCAAACUGCGGGGUUCAUGCGGCUAACUUUUUGGGAGCUGUCGUGGGAUGUGAUGGAGCCAAUUUGCUUCUAUGUCACGUCGAUAUACUUCAUGGCUGGCUAUGCCUUUUUCCUUAGGACCUCCAAAGAGCCUUCUUUUGAAGGGUUUUUCCACAGCCGAUUUAUGGCUAAGCAGAAACGAUUAAUGAAGCAGUAUGACUUCGACAUUGGAAGGUAUAAUGAGCUGAGAAAAGCUUGUUAUCCAUACUCAACGCCUUAUUCGACGAUCAAUUCAUUUGAUAAAGCAGGAAAGGUCCAAUUGGGUGUUGUACAUGAUUAAUUUGAUAUUAACAGUAAUACUACAAGAGUAAUAAGAAAAACAACAAGUGAAAAAUAGCCACACAAUUUUGAUUAAUAAUUUCAUUCUCAUUUUUAAUGUUUUGUUUUAUCUUUGCAAGAAGUUAAACAAAAUUGUUCUCUAUCCAAGGUCUUUGAGCAUCUCUGUUUUAUUUUUUAUCACUCUAUUGCGUUGUACAUCAUGCAUAAUCCAGACCAGAUGCUAUCAAUUUUCUGGUUAAUUUAUAUUUAUUUUUAAUUU